AUGGUUAUCACCAUCUUGGCGAGUAAUCGGUCUAUGGAUGAGGCCACCAAGAGGAAGGCCACCACUGCAAAUGAGCCCCUACUAAAGAGGCAGAGGGGUCGAGAGGGCCCUGAUGCCAACAUCAACUCUGGACAAUCAACCCUGGAGUCAGUGCCCGAGGUCAAAAGCUCCAGUGACAAGAGCACGGUGUUAUCAGGCCACACCAGCAGAGCUGACUUUGAGGCCAAGUACCUGGAGCUUGAAAAACUUGGUCAAGGAGGCUUUGGCUCAGUUUAUGCCGGCCACAGAAGGUCUGAUGAUUUACCAGUGGCGAUAAAGCACAUCCCCAGCUCGACUGUGCCCCGACAAAGAGUGAUGUUAAAUAAGAGGGCACACAGGAUUCCCAAGGAGGUGCUGCUCAUGCAGAAAGCCGCAGGCGAACCAGUGUCUCUGGGAAAAUCUGCAGCCGUGUCGAUACUUGACUGGUACGAUCUGGACCAAGAGGUUAUACUGGUCAUGGAGAGGCCAGUCCCCUCUAUGGAACUGCUGCACUUUAUAAAUAAUAACUUUGGUCCGUUGUCCGAGCACAUUGCACAGAUCAUCAUGAAGCAGCUGGUGGAUGGUGCCAUUGAUUUCCAAGCCAAGGGCGUCUUCCACCGAGAUAUAAAAGCAGAGAACAUCCUCAUUGAGUUCAGCUCCGAUGGCCUUAGAGUGCGCUUCAUUGAUUUUGGAUGUGGCUGCAUUAAGAAGAAAAACUGCAUUUACAGCCAGUUCUCUGGAACCUCAGCAUACGCUCCUCCAGAGUUUCAAAUAUAUGGGCAAUACAUGGCCGGCCCCACCACUGUCUGGCAGUUGGUGUCAUUGCUUUUUGAAAUGCUGGCUGGAUCAAUGUGGUUCCACACAAAAGACUUUAUCAGGAAUGACAUGCAAAUCUGGUUUGGAUCCAAAGAAUGCCAAGACUUCUUGGUAAUGUGUUUGGUUUUAGAGCCUGAGGACCGUGCCACUUUGGAGGAAAUGCAGCAGCACCCCUGCUCCCCCAUCCCCAACUCAGCCAUCCCCAAUUCCUUCAUUCCCAACUCCCCCAACCCGGCCAUCCACAAGUCUCCCAUCACCAAUUCCUCUAUCCACAACUCCCCCACCCCCAACCACCCCAUCCCCAGUUUCUCCAUCCCCAAUUCGUCCAUCCCCAACUCCCCCAUUCCCAAUUCCUCCAUCCUCAAUUCAUCCAUCCCCAGCUCUCCCCUCCCCCAACGCCCCAUCCUCAACUCCUCUAUCCCCAACCAUUCCAUCCCCAAUUCCCCCAUCCCCACCAACCAACAUCCCUAA